UUCAAACUGAUUAUCCAGACUGUCAUCCCCCGUGGCUGUUGGCAACCGAAUGGCAUUCGGCGUUGCUACAACAAUUUCAGCAUCGAUCCAACAAGCCCACCGGCGGCGGGCAGCACAAAUACUCGUGUUAUUCAUUGAGUUUCGAGAGCCAGUAGCUGAGGGCAUGGAAUCCGACAAGCUGAACGAGCUUAAUAGACAAAUUAAUGAGAUCAAGAAGAGGAUUCUGCUGGCAGAGGGUCAGAAGACGGCCAAUGCGGCCGAGUGGCAGAAGCAGAAUCGCAUCAACUGCGACACCAUCGGCACUCUGAAGAAGGAGCUCAAGGAGCUGACGGUGAAGGCCAGUCGACUGCGAAAUCCACUCCAGCGUCCCGUGGUCAUCAAGGAGUCCAGCAGCGAGCCGAGACGGGCACAGAGCUGCACACCCACUCUGAUUGUGGGCAAGGCCACGUAUCCCGUGGGGGCCAGAAACGCUGACGAUGCCCUCUUCCUGACCGACCUAAAGAUCACAGAGAACCGCAAGCAGAUGGACCUCCUGCGGCAUCGCUUCAAGUCCCGCCAGCAGCACUUCAGCAAGCUGGUGGAGAAGUAUCGCGAGCUGCUGGCCAACAAGGAGGCCCAGAACCAGAACUUGGGCGAGAAGCCGCCCGAAACACUCGAGGAGGAUGCCAAUCGCAAGCUCGUGUGCCAGCUGGAGAACGAGAUACAUCGCACCAAUGUGCAGUGGAUGGAGGCGGAGCACAUCCGCAAGAAGUAUCGCUCCAUAGAGGCCUCCCUGAUGAACGAUGCGGAGCGGUUUGAGCGCAGUCUGCGCGAGCUGGAGUCCUCGCUGAGCGAGCAGAAGGCGGAGAUCGAGCGCCUCCAGCAGGUGCACAACGAGGCCAUCGAGAUGCGGGAUGCUGCCAAGGUGGUGCUGACGCGGCAGGAGCAGCAGGCGAAUCUCUCCCAGAAGACGCGUGAGCGCCAGGCCCUCGACUUUCGCAAGCAGGUGGAGGCGCGCAAGCUGGAGCUGGAGAGGAUUGGUCGCAAAUUGUUUGCCGAGACCAAGACCCUGGUGCAUCAGGACAGCGUGGGCUCCACGUCCGGCGAUCCACUUGCGGUCAAGGCUGAAAAUGGCGAGGAGGAGCCCGCCUCACAGCUGGAGAGUGUGACGAGCGACAUGGAGUCGUUGUUCAAGCAGCUCAUGGAGGCCUCUGGUGCCACAUCGCCACUCGAGGUCUUCGAGCGGUUCAGUGCACAGAAGGAGUCUGCCGCCCGCCUGAAUUACCUGCGCAAGGCGGCCGAGGCGGAGAAGGCCAACCUGGAGGCGGAACGGGAGGCACUCAGCAGCGAGCUGGAAGCCUCCAAGUUCUCGGACGUCAAGGAGAGUGAAGUGAACCAGGAGAUCAUUGAACAGAUCAAGCUAAGUAUUGCCGCCAAGGAGCAGGACCGUAAGCUGGACACCGAUGCGGCCGACAAGUCCAUGGGUGUGCUGAAGUACCUUAAGGAGCGCAUUUGCGAGAUGAUCUUCAAGGUGCAGGAGGUGGACGAGAGCAACAUCGAGCUGCCCAGCCGCAAGCUCCACGUGAGCGUCGCCGAACUGCCAAACUUUCUCACCCACACCGCCCAGGAUGAGGAACUGAUUGAGAUACUUCAAGUGAAAAUCAAACGCUGCCAGGAGCUGAGCAAGGCGGAGGAUGUGCCGCCCCUCGAGAUGCCCAAUCUGGACCCCGCUGAGCAGGACGAGGAGGAGGAGCUGUACCCGACUGAACCACCAAAGUCCCCCUCGGCCCCCGAAGGCGAAAAGCCCCAGCCGAUGCCCCUGUGCUAUUACAAUCUCUUUGCCGGGCGCGCCCAACGAGCCGCCGGCACAUCCUCAUCCUCACCGGAGCAGGCACCCGCAGCGGUUGCCACCACAGAUGACGACACCGAGGUGCCCUCGCGGAACUUUCUUAAGCGCCAGUCCGUGCUCAUCGUGGACUCAAAGUCCCGCCGGAAACCCUUCCGACCCACGCCAGGCGGCAGGCGCAAGUAAUUUAGGUUUAAGAUUUAGGUUAAGAUUCAAUUUAGAAAU